UUAAGGCUUUAAUCUCUAAUGAAAGAUCCUUCUAUAAAAAACAAGAAGCAAGAAAAACUAUAGUUAGUUUUUGUUACAUGAUGGCAAAUGUAAGAAAUAUGUUCGUUAAUAGUUUUGAACUAGAGGUUGGCCUAUAUCUUUUAGCAUUUGAAAUAUCUUCUACAGCUAUUGAUAUAUUGUAUAGCUUAGAUGUUUCA